AUGAUAGUGGACACAACGUCGACGAUCUCUGGUUCUCCAACUUUAACCGAGACAUCUAGCCGGUGGAAUGAUCCAUACAAGAAACCAUCCUCUGUGAAUGUGGAGAGACUUUCACAACGACUUACUUCGAUGUCUCAAAUAGACCUCUUAUCGUUGAUACCUUCCGAACUGUCAGAUCCCAUACUUGUACUUGCGGUGUCUUUAUGUCGUGAUCCUCGAUCAGCGUUUCUCAAUCUGGACGGUAUGCCCCCACUUCGAAAUAUUCGUAAGGUUGAGGAUUACUGUGGGUCAGCAGAGACCGAAGGAGCGACAUCUUGCACCUCUUCCCUCAGUUUUACUCCAACAACAAAGCUUGAAAACGAUUGUGAGCCAACAGCCACGGGUUGGUGGAAGGGAGCGGAUAUCGUUCGAACGUUCGAUCCCGAGACACAGAUACCGAUAACGAUUCGAACCUACCAUCCUGACACUCACCGGUUACUCUUCUCCCAAAUCAUCCAUCCCAAAAACAAUAUGGUCACCAUCGAAUGGACCUCUCCCGUUUUUCGACCAGGAUUGACGGAAGAAAACUCUGCGGGGGAAGUUUCUGAAAUCAGCAUGACUUUCUUCUGCUUAGGAAAUAGUAUGGUGAGGUGUGAAAUGACAAGUGGACAACCUGCCUGGACGAUCUUCAAAUACCUUCAUCGAUCACAACCAGGUAAACUACCAGAAACGUCUUUGUGGCUUGAAAACCCAGAAGAGGGAUCUUGGAAGACUUACGAAGCGAGUUUGGAUAAUGCUCAAGCCACCGUGACCGUCAAUAUCAAUGAUGUGGAGGUAUCGUUCAAGAAGUUUACGUUCGCUCAACUUGCGACAGAGAAACCAUUAGUCGAGACCAAUGUUGGGUCGGAAAGAGGGAAGGGCAGGAAGAAGUCGCUGAUCCAACCACCUAUAAAGCGAUGGUUGAGAAUUUUGUCUGGUGUCAUCUCGAACACUUCGGGAAACUGGUCGACUAUUAUUCUGGUCAUGUGUGAAGACAUCCAAGAAGGGGAUGACUCUCAGCAUUUCGGUGAAUCUUCCAGUCCAAGCGGUAUUGAGGAUUGGUUUUCCUCACUACCUGAGGGAACUCCCAACAAUGAAGAUGUUAGCGAUGAACCAGCGCAAUUAAUUGAUAUCACUGAUGACAUACAUCAUCGAGCCUUCUCCGGAGGUAUCAUUAAGGGUCUCACGCUGAGUCCACCAGAAUAUAUUUGUAAGAAUCCGGACACUCAAUCAUGGGAUGAGGAGUGGGUUGACAUGAAUGGACGACAAAUGGGGUGGUUCACUUGGGAAAGAAGUGAGGUCGUUAGGGGAGGCAAUGAAGAUGUACUCAAGACAGUUUCACUGAAGACUCUGGAAGGAAAUGAGCUCUUCUUUCAUUCCUGUGAUGCUGAGAUGGCAGAAUUCAGAAUCAACUUCUUGAACGGACAGCUUUUGUAUGGUGUAUUCUCAAUAACGUCAAGUCUGAUUCGACGCAAGAGACCGGAAGGAGCGUGGGAAACCAUCCUUGAUGCUGAGAAGUGCCCUACUGGCAACUAA